AUGAAGGUCAUAGAAGCGAAAAUUGUAGUUUUAGGAUCACAAGGUGUGGGUAAAACGAGUCUCGUGGUGCGAUACAUCGGUAAAAUGUUCUCAAAACAUAUCUCCCCUACUAUCGGUGCGUCUUUCUUCACUUGCAAUAUCAGCGUAGGGGAUGCCAGAGUUAAACUACAGGUGUGGGAUACAGCGGGACAGGAGAGGUUCCGGUCGAUGGCACCCAUGUAUUACCGGAAUGCCAAUGCAGCAUUACUGGUAUUCGAUAUCACUAGUGUGUCCAGCUUUAAUGCCAUCAAGGGAUGGGUCAAAGAGUUACAGAGUAACGUAUCGGAAGAGAUGGUGGUAUCGUUGGUGGGUAACAAGUGUGACCUGCAGGAGAGUCGCGCGGUGACGUACGCGGAGGCGUCCUCGUACGCGGCCUCUAUAGGCGCUAAAUACUGCGAGACGUCCGCCUUACACGAUCAAAAUAUAGAGCAAGUGUUCCUGAGUACGGCGACGGCGUUGCUUGCCCUGUCUGCCACUAAUCAAACGAUGCGAUCAUACGACUCGGCGGAUGAUGAGCGACAGAACGGUUCCCCUACGGAGGAGCAAGCGACAGGUAAAGUGGAACUACCCGCAUGGAAUACAGACAACAUCGCACACGGCGAACUGCAACGGAACAUGUGCUGUUGA